AACGAUUCUACGCGCUAGAAAUCGCGCUGGUGAAGCUACUGCGCGUUCCUGAACAGGAUAAACCUGCGCAACUCAGUCACUGUGCCUCGGACCACCGUGCUGAGAAGUAUCCGCAAGCUCCGUGCCGCCGAGGCUAAGUACAGCCCGGAUAAGCAGCUUGCGGUAAAACGGCCGCCGCGGCCGCGCGAAGCACCCCCCACGCGCUCAGCGCCCCCAACGCCAUCGACGCUACACCUGACAACCUCGGGAAACGAUGGUCGCCCCCUUCAAGGUCGGCGGCCUCCCCGCGGCCCCCGCGUGCGCGCUCCACAAGCUACGGUGGGGCAGCGACCCGCUCUUCACGCAAGAAAACACGGAGGAGGACAAGCCCGCGGCGGACAAGGGCGCCGCGGAGGAGAAGAAUGAUCAACCGCCGUCCCCGCCCAAGAGCGGCGGCAUGAAACGAACUCUAACAAAAACGCACGGCCUCACGUUAACAAACGACGAGGAGGAGCGGCGGAAGAAGCACGACAGUGGCGAGGCGCCGGGCGCGGGCUGGGCCCAACGAGAUAAAAAAGGCGCCGGCGUCUGCCCCAAGGCCCUCGAUUAUGCCCUGCGAGAAGCCCAACAAUCGCCUACUAGAUCUAUACACAGAGGCCAUUCUGGAGGAGGCUUAUCGAAGUCCGCCUCGGAGACCAGCGACGCGGGCGGCUGGGGCUUCUACAAGGACUGCGAGGGGACGCCCGGUGAUAGUGCGUACCGCUUAGAUGCCGCGGCUCUCGAGAAGCGGGAAACGCCCGACUAUGUCUUAGAAGACACGCUGGAGAUGCAAGCGCUCUGGCACGCCACGGCGGGCACGCGCCCGGCCCAGCCCGCUCACGAGCGCAAACGCAUGGAAGAGAUCUGGAGUAAACAAAUCGCGGAAAGCCAGGCCUGCAAGGACUUCAAGGAGAGUCCUCAGAUCCUGUCGAACGAGAAGGACGUGAAGAUCCUGGCGCGGGACGCGUCUCCGUUCGGUACGAGUGUGACGAAGAGCUGGCGGUGCGAGUGCUGCGGCGAACUUACCAGUAUCAUGGUGAGGAUUCCGAAGUACCAGAUCGUGCAGCGAGGGAAAGAAAGACCGCAUGCGGAGUUCUUAGUUGUUGCUAGAUUGGGUGCGGUGACGUUCGGUUUGUGGCGGCGGUACUCGCAUUUCGAAGCAUUAAAUGAGAAAGUGACCAGGAAUUUCCGAAGGGAGGACUAUUCGAAUACGCACUGGUCCUGGCGGUGUUUGAGACGUAGGCAACGGUGGUUUAGAUGUUUGGACCGCGAUUAUUUGGCACUGAAGUGCUUCCUGCUCGAGCGGUUCCUGCACGAUUUGGUGUUCGAGGCGCACAAUUCGUCGGUCUUCGCGGAGUUCUUCGAGCUGGAGAUCGCGUCGCACUGAG